CAUAGCACCCCAUAGCCCCCCAUACACCCCAUAACACCCUAUAACACCCCAUAGAGUGCCAGCUGAUGAAGACGGAGCGUCCCCGUCCCAACACGUUUGUGAUCCGCUGCCUUCAAUGGACCACGGUCAUCGAAAGGACCUUCCACGUGGACAGCCCUGAUGAGAGGUACCAAAAACACGUGGAUUUACCCCAAAAAUACAUGGGGACCCCAGACGAGGUCGCUCACACGGUCACCGAGAGCCGCGUCCUGCAGAACACCCGGCACCCGUUCCUCACCGUGCGUACAGCGCCCCCAGCGGCCGCACCGCGUCAUUACACCCCAUUCAUCAGCCCCCUCCCCAAUAGGGGGCUCGUUAUCACCCCCACCCCAAUAAGGGGCUCAUUAUCAGCCCCCCACCCCAAUAAGGGGCUCAUUAUCAGCCCCCUCCCCAAUAAGGGGGUCCUCAUUGUGGUUAUCAUUGGGGUCCCCCAUUGGGUAUUGGAAGAUAAUGACUAUGGUCGUGCAGUGGACUGGUGGGGAUUAGGAGUUGUCAUGUAUGAAAUGAUGUGUGGCCGAUUGCCUUUCUACAACCAGGACCAUGAAAAGCUCUUUGAACUCAUCCUUAUGGAAGAGAUUAGAUUUCCACGCACCCUCAGCCCCGAGGCCAAAGCUCUGCUGGCCGGCCUGCUCAAAAAGGACCAUAAGUGUGGGGCGCUGGGAGGACUCACGUUUGUGCCCCCCCCCACAGAUGACAACAUGGACGCCCUGGAUGGGGAUCAGCGCACGCACUUCCCCCAGUUCUCCUACUCUGCCAGCAUCCGGGAGUGAAACCCCACAGCUAUGGGGCUGCCCCACAUCUAUGGGGCUGAGCCACGUCAAUGGGGCUGCCCCACAUCUAUGGGGACUGACCCACAUCUAUGGGGCUGCUCCACAUCGA